ACAGAUCUGUACGACUUUAAAACCCAACAAGACCAGGAUGAAGACUCUUCUCCGUAUCUGGCUCAUCAGCGUCGCCUUUCUGCGGGUCUUGUCCGUAAUCUUGGGCUAUUUCUAUCCUGCGACCCUGGGCGAGAGCGUUUUUGGCCGGGCUUUGAGUCAGGUCACCCCGCUUACAGCGCGAACAUUUGGAACUUGGACACUUCUUUCGUCUGUCGUGACCCUUAUGUGCGCAUUGAAUAUUGAGUCUGGGCCUUUGUACCGCACAACCAUGGCUUCUUUCGUCAUUGCCAUCGUCUUCUUUUUCUUAGAAGUUGAAAUGUACAGAACUGUAGACAUGCGCUCAGCCAUGACGCCGUUUAUCAUAGCGA